UCUCUUCCUCAAAAGUGCAAACGUAAUUGUAGACAUGCGCAGUUCUGCACUGCCAGCAGCUUUGUUGAACUGCUACCUGCUAGCUGUUCUGCUAACUAAAAAGCAAUUCCUGUUUGUGGACUGGACACAGUUAUGGAUAUCGACGCAUUAUUGGAAGCGUUUCAAGAUUUUGAGAAAAGAGGGAAGAAAGAGAUCUGUCCCUCACUAGAGCAAUUCCUGUGUCAUGUCGCCAAAACAGGACAACCGAUGAUCCCAUGGUCACAGUUCAAAACAUACUUUUUGUUUAAGAUGGAUAAAGUGAUGGAGGAUUUUCACGCUUCAACACCAGAGGAGAGAGACUCUCACAAUCCAAAUGUGGAAUAUAUUCCCUUUGAAGAAAUGAAGAAAAGGAUCUUAAAGAUUGUGGAUGGUUACAAUGGGAUUCCAUUCACCAUUCAGCGGCUGUGUGAGCUACUUACAGAUCCCAAGCGUAAUUACACGGGUGCCGACAAGUUUCUCAGAGGCCUGGAGAAGAAUGUAAUGGUGGUAAGCUACCUGCAUCUCACAUCAGAAAAAAAUGGGACAUCAGCUGUGAACAGAAUGAAUGGAGUGAUGUUUUUUGGAAAUUCCUCUCUAUUUUCAGAAAGUCGAAAUGUGAAUGGACCAGGCACGCCGAAAACACUCAACAGACCAAAGCUGUCAUCGUCAUCUUCACUUUCCACCAACGGGCUCCCAGAGUGUUCAGCCAGUAAAGAAGCAGAUGCAAUCACUGAAGCAGAAGAGCACCAUUUUAGUGAAACACCACCUUUAGAAGAUGAGAUGAAACCAAAAUAUGGAAUAAAGAACAAACAUCCAGAAGAAGACGAAGAAUCUGACGGUAACAAACAGGAGUCCAAGAAACUGAAGACUGGCAAAACUGAUGAUGAAACAGAAAGAGAAGAAGAUGUGUCAUCUCGUCAUAACGGACCAGAGAACUCAUCAGAGAUACCAGAGUCAGAAGAAGACACUGGUGGGGAAGAGUGCAACCGUGAAAAACCCUGUAAUUCAGACAGUCAUGAGCAAAGCAGCACACAGUCUAAACCAACUGAGAAGCAGGGAAAGUCGAGUGAGGCUGGUGCUGCCAUCGGUGUUCAGCGCAACAUCUCUGUGGAACAGUCGGAGCAAGCUGCUCCAUCAGAGACACAUUCAACCUUCGAGCAGAACAAUGCUACAUGCAGCAGCAGCAGCAUUAGUAGCAGCAGUGAUGCAGAGGACAUACCCAGUGAAAAGGUCUCUUCUUGCAGUAAUUCCCCUGAGCUGUCAACAGAGGGUGGUGCUGGAACUUUGGACAAUGCAGAGACACCAUUAGAACCUGGAGAACAUGACUAACUUGAAUGGCAUGCCAAUUGACUUGUUUUGUACACUGUGUGAUGCAACUCCAAGGGUCUAUCUGUAGCACUGUGGAUCUUUAGGCUUCAGGACCAAGAGACGUGGACUUGGAGACUUCUUAGAAGGAUCUCGAUGUCUUCUUCUGUUUCAGCUUCUCACGCCCACUGGUCACCAGAUCUUUAAACUGGAAGGAGAUGAUUUAAGUGAAAUAAUGAAGACUGCCUUUUUCACUGUACAAAACAUUUUUUCUAACCUUUUUCUGUCUGAUUUUUUAUAUCUGAACAUCUAAUUUAACACAGAUAACGUAUUCAGUAAUUUCAUCAGUUAUUUGGUGUUUAUUUCCAAGGAGAACCAUUUUACAAAGUUGCUUUAGAGCAAGCACAGACAUUUCAGAUGUCUUUUUUUGUGUAUGAAUGCUGUGUAGAGAUGAAUGAGGACACAUUCAUAGAAGUCUGCUUUUAUUUUGUAUAAAGCACAUACCACAGGUAUAUUUCUUGUCUUCAUGCACUUCACCCCUUGAAAGCUGUAGAAAAUUUUGUUUUGCUUUUUCUCUGUGAAGCCAAUAUAACACUGUUGCGCCAGUAGGGAGCACUUUCGUCAAACUUUGGUUUGUCGUUAAGGUAGCCAUUUAAAAUUCCAACUCUGAAACAAAACCCAAGGUACUUUCACUUUCUGUGCGUCAUACCAUAGUUGUAAAGCUGUCUUUUUUAAAAAUUGAGGAUUUUAACUACUUAUCUGUAAAUAAGCUUUUGUAAACUUGUAAUACAUGUCCACAUCCUUGGUAAAACUUACUGCUGGAAACUGAAGGCUUGAGCUUGUGUGUUAGUAUUCACGGAAAGCAAUAAAAGCUAUUAAUGGAACUGA